GUCGGGAAGAAAAAGAAGAAGAAGUAUAAAAAAAAUAAAAAGCAAGUAGUAGCAAUUAAGGAGGCCUCUCAACAAGUAGGGUGUUGCAUUGAUUAGUGGGUAAACAAGUGAUUGUUUAUCCCUUGAGUUUUUUCUUCUUCCCUACAAAACAAAAUUUCUCUCUAUAUUGUUGUCAAGAUCAUGCCAUGUCCGUACAAACAUAACCGUCACCUCUUCCCUUUCCCUUUUGACAAUUCGAAAACAAUUUUCUGGGUUUGUAGUAGUUACGCUUUGAAUUUGAUUCAAAGCCCUUUUCUCUAACCUGAUCGGUUCAAUUUAAGGUUAAGGAUGCCUUUUCCAUGGAAGAAGAUGAAGAAAACAAGCAUUUCACAAUUGGUGAAGGAGCAUGUAAAUUCUCAAAGUGGAUCCCCGCUUAUGGUGGAAACUGGCUUUCCAACUUCCAUUGUGGAUCUUGUUGUCAAGAAUCGCGCAAGAUUCAAGAAAUCCUCCAAGAAAAAACUGGCCGACGACCCUUUCUUCCUUCCAUCCCCUUCGCCCUCGCCUCCUCCACCCCCUUCGCCUGAAACUUUACCGUCCACUUCCCACUUCAUGAUUGAUGAUAAUGAAGUUCGUCCUCUGAUCCGUGUAGGUGAAGUGGAAGGUGACAAAUCUGAUUCUCGCAGGAGUUGCCGCGAACAACCGUGGGGUAAUGGUGGUCUCAGUAUGAAUCAGGGGUUGAUGGCCGUUUUAAAGAUGUCUCUAGUGGCGGCUUUGGUUUUAGGGAUGAAUAAUCUUGUGAUGGGGGUAACCAUGUCAGCCUUCUUGUUGUUUCUCUUGGAAUAUAUAGGAGAACGUUUGUAUGGGUUUUGUUCUCGACUACAGAGGAGGGUUAGGUUGAUGAUACAGGGGAUAAGGGACAUCUUUAGAGUCAAAGUGGUUGAAGACGAAGACGAUUGUGUUUUUAAGGCACCAUUGGAGCGCAAAGAGCUCUCAAAGGAUGGCUGUUCUGACUUUGGGCAUCAAAUUCAGGAAAUUGAGGUUGUACGGGAAACUUAUGUUGAGGAUAGGGAGAAGAUUGAGGAGUGUAUUUGGGAUGAAAAAUCAAAAUGUGUAAGGGUGGAUGUAAUGGAGAAAGGAGAGGAAUCUAGAUAUGAUUUAUGUGAAUCCAAAGAAAAAAAAUCUCAUCGGGCAAAGAUGAAAUCAAAAAUGAAGAAACUUGUUCUGAAGAAGUUCAGAAAGAAAAAAGGUUCGGCAUUGGAGCGUCCUAUGCUCCUGGAUGAGAUAGAUUAUGUUAUUGAAGGAAGGAAGGAAACUAAAGGUUCCAGGGAACAAAAAAUGCAAUCCAAUAGCAUAGUGUCAUCAGUGGCAAGUAGCACAGAUGAUAAGACAGAUAUUGUUGAGGUUGUUGGUAGUGCUGGAGAAUCAUCUGAAGUACUUACUGAUGGUAGUGUUGAAGAGUCAUUUAAUGGUACUGAUGAGGCAACCAUUGUUCAGGAAGAAGAAUUAACUGGAAGAGAGCAUAGUUCCAUGUAUAUUGCUCUCGUUUUGGUUGUUCUAGUCGGCCUUAUUGGAGGUCGGGUUCUUGCGCUUGUUUUUACUUUAACAUGUUGCCUGAUGUUGAAGAGAAGUGAAGGAAUAGGAAGAUUCACAAAAUUGCCCGUGAUCAGGUGUUUUGCAAAAAGGUUCAGUUAGAAUUUAUUAACUCAUUCAUAGAAGCCCUUGAAAGUAUGUUCAUAGUGUUGUGUGAAGUGCUGUUUAAGCCUUCCUUGAUCUUUAGAGCUUACUUUGAUGGAGAGUUCAACCUUUGGUUGACCGCUCGGCCAUUGGGCUUGUUUUAUGUCCUGUAAAGUUACUCAAAUAAGAUUAACUUUGUUAUACUGUUGUGUAUGAAUCCAUACUACAUUGUUUUGCAUAAA